GGAGAAAUGAGCUCGUCCUCCGGCGUCCACAUCGCAUUGACGUGAUUGUUUUUUUUUCCCGCCCCUCCACCCCAACACACCGCCGCACGGAUCCUCGCACCGAGAGCCGGAGAGGAGCCGCACCGGUGCGCUGCUGCUGUUUACAAACCUCGGUGUCGGACGGUCCCGCCCGCAGCCCCGGACCAUGGCGGAGAGAAGCGGCCGGCUGAGCUUCCCCGGCGGCGGGGCGCUCAACAGACCGGUGCCCAUGAACCUGUUCGCCACCUGGGAGAUCGACGGAUCCUCCCCGAACUGCAUCCCCAGAUUGUGCAGCCUGACGCUGAAGAAGCUGGUGGUGUUGAGGGAACUCGACAAAGAGCUGAUUUCUGUGGUCAUAGCGGUUAAAAUCCAGGGCUCCAAACGGAUUUUGAGGUCCCAUGAGAUUGUGCUGCCACCCAGUGGGUCCGUGGAGACGGAUCUGGCUCUCACUUUCUCACUGCAGUACCCACACUUCCUAAAACGGGAAGGAAACAAGCUGCAGAUCAUGCUGCAAAGACGGAAAAGGUACAAGAACCGAACCAUCCUGGGCUACAAGACUCUGGCGGUGGGUUCCAUCGACAUGGCCGAGGUGAUGCAGCAUCCGACGGAGGGAGGCCAGGUUCUGCCUCUCUGCAGCAACCAGAAAGACAUGCUGGGCAAAGUGGCAGAGAUCUGGAUCUUCUCCCUGUCCAGUCAGCCCAUCGACCACGAGGAGGCGGCGCUGCAGGGAGGACAGAAGAUCAAAUGCUCCGAUAACUACUCAGAGGAAGAGUACGAGAGCUUCUCCUCGGAGCAGGAGGCCAGCGACGACGCCGUUCAGGGACAGGAUCUUGAGGAUGACGAGUACGACGUGAGGAAGCCAAAGAAGCAGAGGAGGUCGAUUGUGAGGACCCCCUCCAUCACCAGACAGCAGAACUUUAAGCAGCGAGUUGUGGCUCUCCUGAAGCGCUUCAGAGUUUCAGACGAGGUUCUGGACUCGGAACAGGAUCCCGCAGAGCCACCUCCGGAGGUGGAGGAGGAGGAUCUGGACCUGGACAGCGUGGAGUUCGAGAACCCCAGCGACAGCGGCCCGGAGCUGGACGACGACGACAGCGUCCUCAGCACACCAAAACCCAAACUCAAGCCAUACUUCGAGGGUCUCUCCCUCUCCAGCUCUCAGACUGAGAUCGGCAGCAUCCACAGCAGCCGGAGCCACAGGGAGCCUCCCAGCCCGAUUGACCCAGAUAAAACCAAGUGUGGCGGCGGCAAGUUUCCAGAUGACGGCGUGUCUGAUAACGUCUCCUUUGAGCAGCCGGAGGCGGUGACUCCGACCACAGAGCUGGAGAUGGACAACAUGGACACGUUUCUGGAGAGGCUGCCGCCGAGUGGCAAAAUGACCAAGACGGAGUCGCUCAUCAUUUCAUCCAACAGGCAGGAACCGAAGUUGGCAGGGAGGCGAGGAAGGAGCACGUCGCUGAAGGAGCGCCAACCCAGCAGGCCGCAGAACGAGAGAGCCAACAGCCUGGACAACGAGCGCUCUCUGGACACACGGUGCCACCUGCAGAUCCCAAGAAAGACGGUUUAUGACCAACUAAACCACAUCCUGGUGUCUGACAACCACCUUCCUGACAGCAUCAUCCUCAUCAACACGUCAGACUGGCAGGGCCAGUAUCUGUCAGACAUGCUGCAGAACCACCAUCUGCCGGUGGUCUGCACCUGCACCACGGCCGACAUCCAGGCUGCGUUCAACACCAUCGUCUCCCGCAUACAGAGAUUCUGCAACUGUAACUCCCAGACGCCCAUUCCUAUAAAGAUCGCGGUGGCCGGGGCGCAGCAUUACCUCAGUGCCGUUCUGAGGCUCUUUGUGGACCAUCUUUCCCAUAAGACCCCUGACUGGCUCGGCUACAUGAGGUUCCUCAUCAUCCCUCUAGGUGCACAUCCCGUCUCCAAAUAUCUCGGCACUAUUGACUAUCGAUACAACAGUUUGUUCCAAGAUGCUGCCUGGAGGGACUUGUUCCACAAACCAGAGGCUCCUGUUGUGGCCCAGGAGAACCCGGACGUGGUGUCCAGGGUGACCCAGUACAUGGUGGGAGCCAACGGAGCUCACCAGCUGCCCAUCGCCGAGGCCAUGCUCACCUACAAGCAGAAGAGGAAAAAGAGCUUUCAUUUUGAUUUUGCAGUAAGCCCCGACGAGGACUCCUGUCAGAAGUUCAUCCCUUUCAUUGGGAUGGUGAAAGUUGGCAUUGUGGAGCAAACGUCUGCAACAUCAGGAGACUCUGACGACGCGGCUCCUCUGAGCUCGUCGCUGUUGUCCUCCACACCUCCACAAGUGUCCCCCGCUCUGAAGGAGGCGUCGCCCACACCGCCCUCCUCUCCCUCCGUCAACACCAGCUUCUGUGCUUACAGUUCUGGCGGUCAGGCGGAGCUGAUGGGGCUGCAGGUGGAUUACUGGGUGGCUCCGACGGAAAGGAAGAAAGACGUGGAGAAGCGGGACUCCUCCUCCAAAAACACUCUGAAGUGCAAUUUCCGCUCGCUGCAGGUCAGCCGGCUGCCACUGGGGGGCGCUGAGCCCAGCCCCCAGCCCACCAUGUCCAUGACUGUGGUGACCAAGGAGAAGAACAAGAAGGUCAUGUUCCUGCCAAAAAAGAGCAAAGACAAGGAGGUGGAGUCCAAGAGUCAAGUGAUUGAGGGCAUCAGCCGCCUCAUCUGCACUGCCAAGCACCAGCAGACCAUGCUGAGAGUGCUGAUCGAUGGCGUCGAGUGGAACGAUGUCAAGUUUUUCCAGCUGGCGGCUCAGUGGUCGUCGCACGUCAAACACUUCCCCAUCGGGAUCUUCGGACACACUAAAGGCCCUUACUAGCAGCACCUAAGAGACUGAAGCGUGGAGGACAGCUCCCCUUUUCCUCUCCUGGCCCUUUUCCCCUCGUGCCAACAGCUUUUAACCUCCUUCCUCCCUACUUUCCCUGCACACUUCUCUCUAUUCUGCCGUCUUAAUUUAAACUCCUGCUUUCCACCGUUGCAUUCGUCCGAUUAUUUAAUCUUUCGCGUGUUUUUUUAAUUUUCUAUUUAUGUAUAAAGCUUCUCGAGGCAAGGCUGCCGACGGAAAGCCUUUCUUUACUCUGCUUUUUAAAACAAACAAACAAAAAAAAUCCUGCUGAUGUUUUAUAGACUUUUGAGAGAAAAAAAAAAUCUAAUUAAGUAAUAAUUAGAAAUGACUUCUAACCUUUAACAUACUGAACGAGUGCCCAGGUCUCGCUCUGCCGUCAUGUUUUUAUUUUUAUUUUUUUAAUUUUAAUUUGGCGAGGUUGGUUUUUUUUAGCACUUGGCCAGCACAAUUAAUCAAGAAAUUUUGGAUUCGCAGCUCCAGGGACUGUUGGCGAUUCAUCGUCGAAAGGAAAAAGAAUAAACAGCCUCAGUGAAGAAGUGUAAUGUGCAAUAGACUGAAUACUGUGUGAAUGCGAUUUUGAGUUAACCUGGCACUGUUAGAGGAUUAUACACUGCUCUCAGUUGUGAUUUCCACUCUGUUUAACGCCCUCUUCUUCUUUACUUUCUCCUCCUGAGAAACUGGCUCAAGGUUUAAAGAGUUCGGACGAAAAUUAGAUGAAAAAGGAGAAGCUAAAACUGAAAAAUCUGCUUUUAGGAACAGAUUAAUAGCACAAGAUUACCUACAAACUUAAAGGAACGUAUUGACAUUUUGAGAAACGCACUUAUUUGCUUUCUUGUUGAGAGUUGGAUGAGAAGGUUGACACCACUCACGUGUCUGUAGGAUAACUAUGAAGCUACAGCUAACAGCUAGUUAGCUUAGCUUAGCAUAAAAAGUGGAAACAGGGGGAACAGCUAGCUUAGCUCUUUCUGAUGGUGACAAAUUCUGCCUACCAGCACAUCAGUUUCACUUAAUUAGUCCUUUUUGUUUGCUUAAAUAACCCGUACACAAACUGAGCCAAGCUAGCAUUUCUCUGCUUCCUCAAAUUAAAGUGUAAAGUGACGAACUUUGGUUUUAUUGUAGAUUAAUAGAAAGUAAUUAGACGCAUAAUCUCUGUAAAAAAAAAUAAAUAAAUAAAUUGUGGAGUUUAGGUUUUGUAUACAAAAGCAAAAAUUAUAUUUUUAAAACUUCAGACAGAGAAUUGCUAGCUGUUUCUCCUGUUUACAGUUUUAUACUUAGCUGUUGUGCUAAGCUAACAGCCUGUCAGCACACAGCUAGCCUGGCUCUGGUCAAAAGUAACAAAACCCUCCUACCAGCAUCUCUAAAGCUCACUGAUUAAAGCAUUAUAUAUCUUGUUUGUUCAAUCUGUACAAAAGCUGAGCCAGGCUAACUGUUUCUAGUCUUUGUGCGAGGCUAAGCUAAGCUAACUGCUUGCUAGGUGAAGUUUCAUAGGACGCUUACAAACCAGUUUUCUGAAGUGGCUCUCUUUUAACCUGCUCGAUCGCCAUGGUAACUGAUGCUGCACAGCUAACCUGCUCUGGAGGAGGUUCUGGUCAGAGUUUGGGAUUUAAAUCGACUCUAAGAAACGCCACCCUUUCGCUAAAUGGUUUCCUGAUUCUAUCCUCUCUGUGCUGUCCUCACGUUGCCCCGCAAAAAUACACAAGGAUGUUUUUAUGUUUGGUCCAACUACUGCUGGUACUGCACAGAGUAAAAAAUCGAUUAGUUUAUUGGUAUGUAUCACAGAGAAUGUCCACUUCACAAUAUUAAUUUCACUUGGAAUUAGGUCGAAACGAGAUCUAAACUGAAAAAGCCAAACAUUUUCAGACAGGGCCUCCGUUAAAGGAUCGCUCUGGUGUCACUAUGAAAAAGAAUAUUUAACAGAUAUUUCUUUUACAUCCAGAAUCAAUUAGGAGUCAAAAAGUCGAAUGUCCUCCUCGUUAAUGCUUCCAGAACAAAAGCAGCAGCCAUGAGAAGUUACACUCUGUUGUAAAGUUCGCUGCAGGAAGUGUAUUAGUUGUAAUUAUUGCACAUUUUUUCAAGUGCGUACUUGUGUAUAGAACAAUCAGUUGUAUUGGUUUUGAUUUUCUCAUCUUACUGAGCAAGAAAGCAAAUCUCUUAAAACGUCAAGCUGCUCCUUUAAUCUUAAAAUGACUCAAAUUGUGCAUCUUCUGUGUUAAGAUCCGUUUUCUCCUCCUAAAACGUCCAUUUGAACUCUCCUUCCUUUGAGCCCACACACUCCUCCGACACACUCCGUAUCUUUUGCUCAAAGCAAACGUUACUUUUGCCAAAGGAACUACUCAUCAGCUGCAGCUCACUCAUUACCUGUGUGGUAUUAUAGUUGACUUCAUAACGUAGAGGUGAAUGUAUUGAAGGUACCUUAAUGUAAAGCACUUUUAAAUGUUUGUCCAUUAUAGAUUAGUGUGUUACACCUUUUUCCCUCCUACUGGGAACCUGCAGGUACGACCGGUUAUUAUUAUUAUUAUUCUAUCUGAGCUGAACUACAGCACAAACAGUGGUGACUUAGGUUAUAUGCAAAGUGAACCAAGCAUCUGUAUCUCCUCGGUGCUGCAUAAUAAAGCUCAGCGUGAGGCCUCGUCGGACUGUUUUAGAUGAAUUUAGUUGAAUAUUUCGUGAGGCUAGAUUAGAACGUGUCUGUGGUGUACGUCAGUAGGCUCCAUCUUCAGUUGACUGUUAAGCAUAAAACUAAAAAAAGAAAAAAAAAUGCAUUUUUUGCUUAUAAAGUUUCUUUCAGUAGCUUCAUAACAUUUUUGCCAAUUUCUUGAUAAGUGCCUAAAUUGCUUAAUUUUGACAAAUCAAUAUAAAUAACUAUCCCUGGCUGAAAUGGUGCUGAUUCUGGUCCGACAACAAGAAAAUAUCUCAACGCAGCACACUGAUUUUUUUGCAGUCACUGAAAGGAGGAGAACUCGGUAGUUAAACCGACGGUACAGCCCAUUCAUGUUGAGCGUACAUUUGUUUCUGUAUGUAGAGGAUGUUUUAGAUGUUUUUGGUUUUUCAUGUCGUCUCAGAAAAAAAAAAAGGCUUGUUGAAACUGAAAGUUCCCUAAAGACUACCACUGUAAUCCCAAAAGAAACUGGGAGUAAUAAAACUACUAUACACACUAACAUGUA